AUGUCUUUACUAUCAUUUCGUAUUAGUGUAGCUGAAGAUUUAUUGAAAUCGAAUCCACAGCCCCUAUCAUCACAGAAACGUGGCCGUCCAUCAUUACAUUCAAUAGAUAAAGAAAAUCUUGCACCAAUUCCACCUAGAACUGCACCUGGUCCAGCUCCAUCAACAAAUUCUUGUUUCUACAAGUAUGAUCAUUGGCCUAUUCAUACGGAAAAAGGCCGUUGCCGAAAUCCAGGUUGCUCUGGAUAUACCAGAAUAACAUGCUCAAGAUGCAAAGUACGUCUUUGUAUGAAUGAUAAAAACAAUUACUUCACAUCCUAUCACAAUCGAUAG